AUGGCUUCCGAGGCCAAGGCCAUGAAGGUGGCCAUCAUCGGUGCAGGACUGGGUGGCCUCACCUUGGCCAAGGCCCUAGGCGAAGGCGCGGACACGGGACGCAAGGUGGAGGUCUGUUUGUAUGAAGCUUGGGACGAGUGGAAGGUGCGCGGUGGAGCCAUUGGUCUGGCCGCAGGCAAGCGGAUCCUGGAGAAACUGGGACUCAAGGGCCAGCUGGCUGCAGUGGCCAACCAGAUCAACGGUUUUCAGGUGAACUUCCACGCAAAUGGCAGCAAGUUGAACUCCCUGAGCGUCCCAGGUUGCACAGUGAUGCGCACGGAUCUUCAGAAAGUCUUAGUUGAGUCGCUGCCCUCCAACGUCAUCAAGCUCGGCCACAAGCUGGUUGAGAUCGUGGAGGGAGAGGAUGAAGUCAUGCUGGAAUUCGAGAACGGAGCAAGAGACUCUGCCCACUUGGUGGUGGCUUCAGAUGGCAUUCACAGCUUUGUCAGGCAGAAACUUUUUGGUGCGGACCAGCCAGAAUUCACAGGCUUUCGAGUUUUGUACAGUGUUUCCUCGAAGGCAUAUCGCCCUGAUCCCACAGUGGCCCAUAUUCACUGGAAGGAGUCGGAUGGAGCUGGCUAUGGAUUUCUGGAUCUCACAGCUGGCCAGGGCGCCGGCCGGCACGAUAUUUGUGUCAUCAUCCUUCGCAGUGAGGAGCAGGUGACUGACAAGUGGGAGUCCACCAUGGUGAAGGACCGUCUUCGGACGCUGGCGCAGCAUGUGGCGCCGGACCACCCGGUGCUGCUGAAGGCCGUGGAGUCUUCGGAGGUGUGCUUCGACUGGGGGAUCUACCGCCAGCCCCUGCGCAGCACCUGGAUCUCCGGCGGCCGCGCGGGCCGCGCGGGCCGCGUGGUGUUGCUGGGGGACGCGGCCCAUGCCACAGCGCCCUUCAUGGGCCAAGGGGCCAACAUGGCGAUGCACGACGCCUACACCUUGGCCCAGAUCUUGCGGAACGAAGAGAUCUCUCUGUCUGAGGGCCUGCAUCUUUAUGAGAGCAGCCGCAAGGCCUCCUGUGAGUCCAUCGUCUCGAAAAGCUCCAUGGUGGGCGAAAUGCACACGGCCAGCGGAUUGAAAGCAGUGCUGCGGAACAACCUCUUGUGUUGGCUCCUGCUUGGGGACAUGAGAAGAGUCGUGUCCGCAGAUCCCACGGCCCGCAAGCCGUGGGACAAGGAGGAGAGUUUCCUCCAGCGACUUGGCAAACAGGUUCACAGCAUUUGUUCGCCCUCUAAGGUGUAG